UCCUUAUUCAAAGUAAAAACCUAUUCGCUCCGUUCGACGUUGCAUUCGGAUUUAUUCAGUCAUGUGAUUUGGAAGCGAAUGAAACUCAAAUUACGAGUAGCCCAGUGCCAUAAACCAGAAAAACUUCUGCACAGAAAAAAAACCCCACCAGAAGAGGAGGAGAAGGAAUAUUCAAUCAAAGAAAAUCAGCAAUUGGGCAAGACAACUACGAAGAACUCUGUUGGGUAAGAAGAACGUGAAAAAAGAGGAGAGGAAAGACAGCUCUAAAGUAUAUAAAAGAGCUCUCGAGCAGCAAACGGAAGUUAGUAAGCGGAAGAAAAUGGAUAAAUAUUCACACCACGGGAAGACUUUGCUGUGGUUAUGGUUGGUCUUUGGGCUCUAUGGGGCUUGGGCAGCUGAAGAACGAACUGUAAGGCUGCCUGCAGUGGAAGUCUCCGAAAAAACUGAAACUGAAGCCCAGAAUGUGGCAGUUACCUUUCCUGUGACUCCAAAGAAGGAGCUGCCCCACCACCGCUCGAAGCGAACUCUCACCACCAUUUGCGUGGAGAUCAAGCCAAGUGGUCCACUGGAGGAGCCCUACUACAUGUGCAAGGGUGAGAAUUUCGGCGAUGAAAACAAACAAAGUUGCGUGGAAUUUAAGCCCGGUGGCGCCCACGGAGAGCUCUACUACAUGUGCAAAGGCAAUGAUUUUGCAGCUGGAACAGGACAACCAGAGCAGCCUGCACCCUAUGGGUUUCCCCACCCAAAGCAGGCACCAGCAGCUGCGGCACCAACGUAUCAACCACAAGCAGCACCUAUUGCGCACACCUUUCCGUCGUUUCCCGUCUUUGGAGGCGGGUUAUUUCCAGGCCAACAGCAACACGAGGAGCCCAGAAGGGAAACGCCAACGACGACAUAUCAGGAGCAGCGGCCGCAGCAGGAGGAGUUCCAAAAGCCUCAGCAGCAGCCCCAAAAUGCUCCUCAGCAGCAGCUCCAAUACGCAGAGCGACCUCCACAGCAGUCCUUCAAUGCUCAACAGCAGCCCCACAAUCCUCCACAACAAUUUGGCCACCCUGGCGGAUCCGUGGCUACCCCUGCGGCUGCAUCUGCUGCGCAGUCAUAUGGCUUGCCAGCAGUUCUUCGCCCAAAUCCAGGCAGCCCGUCAGCACUUCAAUACGGAGGUAAUGCAGGCGCAGGCCCAACGGCCACGCCCACUGCAUAUAAUUCUGCAGCAGCUCCGAAGUCGGCGGCAGCAACAAAAGCAACGCAGGCACAGGGGCAGCAAUACAAGACGCCGCCAGUGGUAGGAAGUCGCCAUCAGCCUGGGCUGGAUGCGGAUGUGUUGGGUGUGCCCAGAGUGGGCUUCCAGCCGGAGGAAUUCAGACAGCAGUAUCGUGGAGGCAUGGCAGAGCCACCGAUGCAGCAGCGCCAGCAGCAACAGCAGCAACAGCAGGAUUUGCCAGAGCCGCAAAUGGUUUGGUUGCCACCUGCGCCAGUGGGUGACCCGCACGAUGAUCCGGUAAUGAGAUCCUUCUAUAGUAGUUUGGCACCACAGCAAAUAGAAGGAGUAGCUGCAGGACCUACAAUAGGAGCAGCACCAACAGUGGGAGCAGCAGUAGGACCCACACUAGGAGCUGCAGCCCAAAGGACACCUCUAAGGACAAUGCGACCUGCAGAACCGAACGAACCUCUGGUGGGUCAAAGCUAUCAGCCAUUCUAUGGCCAAGCCGCAGAACCUCAGACACCACCCACAUUGCCUCCGCCACCGCCUGCAUAUACCAGGCCAGAGCUGCCUCCAUCAAACCUGGAAUCCGCACCAGCUGCCUACAACUCCUACUGCAACGGCUGCAACUCUCCGUUUGUGCCACGACAAUGUCCAGGGGAUACUGGUGUAAGCUACAGCACUGUGUGUCCCAGCUUUCAGCCCGUGAUCAUAGCCAUGCCCUGCUACGAGCAGCAGCCCACGCAUUAUCUGGCGCUGCCCAAUAGAGUGGCAAGCUCUUGUGGCAAUGAGAUGCCUGGUCCCAGUCCCUAUGGAUCGUCAUAUGGUGUAAAUCAGCAGGUGGCAAGUCCGUAUGGCAUGGCGCAGCAGAUGGGCAGCGCCUAUGGAGCUAAUCAGCAGGUUGGCAGUCCUUUUGGAGCGCAGCAGCAGGUGGGCAGUCCCUUCGGAGCCAAUCAGCAAGGUGGCAGUCCCUUCGGAGCGAAUCAGCAGAUUGGCAGCCCCUUCAGAACCAAUCAGCAAAGUGGCAGUCCCUUUGGAUCCAAUCAGCAGGGUGGCAGUCCCUUCGGAGCGCAGCAGCAGGUGGGCAGUCCCUUCGGAGCGAAUCAGCAGGUGGCCAAUCAAUUCGGAGCGAAUCAACUGGUUGGCAGCCCCUUCGGAGGCAAUCAGCAAGGUGCCAGUCCCUUUGGAGCGAAUCAACAGGUUGGUAAUCCCUUUGGAAGCACUGCACAGGUUGGCAAUCCCUUUGGAAUGGCACCACAGAUGACUAAUAAUCCCAACCCUGGAUUCAACAUGAAUAUGGGGGCCCAAGUGGGCAGCCCCUUUGGCCUGGCCGGUCCUCAGGUCGGUGCUGGCUUCGGCAUGGGCCUGAAUCCAUUUGGACCAUUUGGCAGCCUGAAUCCGUUCAAUCCAUUCAACAGAAUUCUCGGCGCUGCAGCGCCCACCACGCCACAGCCCCAUAAGAAUGGUUUCCAGCGAAUUUUCCAGUUUGACAGUUCCACAACGGCACCGACAACAACAGAGGCACCAACCGUGGGCUCAACUCUGCAGCAAUCCACGGAAAAGUCGGGAAAACUAAACUUUUCCAGCAGCACACCGACAGCGGCACCGAGCACUGCCUUAUCGGAGCCUAGUUUGGGAGCUGCCCUCUCCGCACCGGCAGACGAGGAUGAACACGAGGAGGAGGAGGAUGAGGAGGAAGAUGAGGAUCAUGUGGAGACCACACCGGCAGCCUCCAGCGAAGCUGAUGCUUCUGUCGGUGCCUCCCUCGAAUCCAUACCCCUGGGCAAGCUAACUGCCAAGGAUCUCAUGAACAAGGCCGAGGAGAGUCUCAAGUCGGAUGAGCAGGGAAAUACCGAAAGUUCAUUGAAGGCGGAGAAGCGCAAACGCCACAAUUCGCGGCUCAAUAAGGGAAUCAACCAGAAGCGAAAGUAUCUGCAGCAGCUGUAGAAUUUUACU